GCUGCUGACGGCCUACACUUUACUUUGACUGGUUUGUUUUGCUGCGAAACUCUUUCCUGCGGCACUCGGGGCGCCUUUUCUUUCCCAGCUUCUUCCGGGACGCGCCUGGACGCCGGUGUGGAGCCCGCUCAACUCUGUGAGCGGAGCUUAGUGGGCCAGCUAAAUUGGCAGCUGCUCCUGCUGCCCUUGUCUGUUUCGAUGCCAAUUUGGGAGCAAAUCGCUGCACCUUGGCUGCGUGGAUGCCGUACGUGUAAAACACGUCUUCUCUUCCUCCCCCAAGAAUCCUGGCAACUGUGGGUUGCAGCCACUGGGAACUGUAGUUCGUCCUAUGAUCUUUCCUUCAUCGAACCCAUGUGUUGUCACCUCAGGAAGCAGAUCCUCCUCUUCAAGUAGCAGCUGAGCUCUGGAGCAGCUGCCAUGGCCUCUGUCCGGGAAGUGUCCAGCAUUGCCGAAGACCUGCUAUGCUCUGUCUGCCUCUCCAUCUUCCAGGACCCCCGCAUGCUGGGCUGCGGGCACAAUUUCUGCCUGUCUUGCUUGGAGAGCUGCGUCAUCCCCAAGGGGCAGCAUCAGGGGACGUGCCCCGAGUGCCGAGAUCCCUUCAACCUUCAAGACGCCUCUCGCAACAGAGUCCUGGCUAACCUGUCCGAGAAGGCCCGGCUCCUCAAGUUGGAGGAGGGGUCCCAGUCUGGUGGGGCUGGGAGCUGGUAUUUUUGCGAGGAACACGAGGAGCCCCUCAAGCUCUUCUGCAGCCAGGACGAGGCCCCUGUCUGUGUGAUCUGCCGUGAUUUGCCUCAGCACCAGGGCCAUAGCUUUUUGCCUAUCAAGAAUGCUGUCAAAGGUUAUCAGGAUAAACUGAAGGCAUCUCUGGAACCCCUGGAGGAUGGUGUGAAGUGGGCCACAAAUAAUCAUUCUCGACAGCAGGAGACCAUAGAAGAACUGGAGAGUCUAACUCAACACCUGUGUGGCUGCAUCUUCAUUGCAUUUGAGGAACUGCGUGAAAUCCUUAAUGAGAGAGAGCAAAGCAUGAUGGAAACAGUCAAACAGAUGAAAGAGGACAACCAGGGAGAAAUGGAAAGGAGACUGGAAUAUUUAAAAGCAUUUAUGUCAUAUCAUACUGAGACCAUCGCCAGGAUCCGAGCUGCACUGGAGGAAACCAAUGAAUUUGCUUUCUUGAAGGAAGUCAAAGAACUGAUGGGAAGAAUCCAGGAUCGCCUUAGAGAACAGAGUGAAGAAGCAGGCAAUGAAGCCAGUGAGGAUGGAGAAGAGGCCAAGGAAGGGGAGAUGAAAGACAACAAAUAUGAAAAUGCUGGUGAAAAUCUGGGUGAAGGCAUCAGUGAUGAAGGGGAAGCUUAUGAAGAAGGGGAAGCUUAUGGAGAAGCAGCUCAGGAGGAAGAGGAGGAUGGAGCCGUUGUGCCUAUGGAUCCAGCCCUUGAAGAGCUGGAAGAGUUGCUGGAUUUUGAUUCCUGGAAGGAAAUGUUGAGAAGCAUCAGUAUUGGGGAGUCCUAUGCGCCAGACUUGCCUUGCGGCUCCCCAACCCCUGAGGAGGAGAUGCUGCAGCCUGGAGGCGGUGCCCUCCCUGCGGCAGCGGAGGCAGAAGUGGUGACAGUUCUGGGGAAAUCGGUUUGCUCUGUGGAUGUCUGCACCUUAGCACCAGGAGAAGGUUCCCUUGCUAAACAGACACCUGUGCCAAGCAGUGACUCGAAUACAGCUCAGGCCAUGGCCGGAGCCCUUUUUCAGUCACCACUCUCCUCCAGCUUCCCAAUGGCUGACUUCCGACAGGCACCCUUUUUUCAUUAUACUCCAUGCGGUGAUUACAAUCCUACCGUAGUGCAAUAUGGGCCUGCCCGAAGAUGGACUUCUCAUCCCAGGUGGAGCCGUGGCAUGUUCCAAAACAGGAGGAUGCAACAAAGGCAGCCUUUUGGCCCCUGGCAGGGACGCGGCAGAGGAUACUAUCCAAACACACAGACUCCCCAACCCAUUUUGCAUCAGAACCACUGGAGACACCCACGGAAAGAGCGACCCAGAGAGUCCCAGGUCUCAGGGCAAGGAGGGGGCUGUUCCAGUAGGCAGAAUCCACAGACCAGUGGGAGUAACGCCUCGAGAGGGGGGUCCACAAAUAAAGAGCCAUCCAAACCCCAUGAGGCUCAUGUUUUGGGACAAGGAAGAGGAGGUUGGUUCCAUAAGCAACAACCCCGCUCCAGUGCAGAUCAGAGUAGAGGGGGAUCCCUAAAGAAAGAUGCUCAUACCUCAGAGCAAGCAAAGUCAGGACAAGGACAAGGGUCUGGAAAGAGACCCCCAACCCCCAACAAAGGGGGCGGAGCCUCAGGAAACAAGGGGUCUCAGAGCAGGCAUCAGCCAUCCCACCGUGGAGGCAGCGGUCGGGGCGCUGGUUCAGCCAAGGGCCCCCGGAACAAAUAGCCAUUUCCAUCAGAAGUGAGUGCAGGUGGAUGCGGAGAGAAGGGAUUUCAUACUAGAAGCAAGUAUUAAGAGCCCUGACCUCAAAUCCCAUUGGAGAACAUGGACUGCGCAACUUCAUUCAUUAUCUCUCCACCUCUGUGCAACGCCUCUGAUGGGCCAGCUGCUGGGGAUCAUGGGCGGUAGAGUGCUGGUGCACUCGUGUCCUGCUUGUGGGCUUUCCUAGAGGCAUCGACCACUGUGGGAAUCAGGAUGCUGGAGUGGACCUUCCUUUUGUUCUGAUCCAGUAGGGACUCCUCUGAUUUUCUAGGUUGCAUAGCUUGGCUGAUUUAGAUGAACCGACAUAAAAACCUUUUGAUUUUACAAUGUGCCCUGAUUAAGUGGGCAGAUUUUUUUUUUUUACAAAUUUGUGUUGCAAGUACGUAACAACUAAAAUAUGCUGGCGAUUUGUGCCCUCCCAGGAGAGACAGACAUUUUCCACUUUCUCUCACACAAAGAAAUGCUUCUUCUAAAACAGAAACCUUUUUCAUCCCAGGGGCCACAUUCCCUUGUGGGCAACCUUCUGAGGGCCGCAUGCCCGUGGUGAGUGAGGCCAGAGGCAACCAUAGACAGAGCAAUAGGUGCAACGCUUACCUCUCUACAGUAGGCUACAUUCCAGCCUUAAAAAAGUCAGAGGUUUCCACACGCACGCCCCAUCUCUCUGUCUUCCAUCAGGCAUGCAAGAAAUAUUGUCACAGUCCAGGGACUUUUUCAGACCGAUCAAAAGUACUUGAGGAAGGUGUGGAGGCAAAACGUAAUGACUGUAUCAGUCUGCAUAAAUCUGGUGCCCCAGCUAGCACAUCUGCGUCGUCCGAAACAGAGGGCCUGGAGGGCACCAGGUUUGCAAAGGCUGGUUUAGUGCAGCAGAUAGAGUUGGAAGAAAGGCUGGCUCAUUUGGAACACCGCACACCUUCUGUCCUCCUGUGUUUGAAGUGGCAAUUGCCAGUCUGGGUACGUAAGACAGAUUGUGGAGUAGCAUUAACAUUUUCCCAAGAACUAUUUCUUUGUAUUGGUGAUUGGAGUAUCACACUUUAACAUGCUGGCUUGCGGUACACCUGUCCAAAAAGUUUAACUAUGCAGAAUUAGUCACCUGUUUAGACUUCUAGUAGCCGACACAAAAAUGCCUUGGUUUUGACAUCUCUGUGCCUAAAGUUAUGCAUUGAUAUAUGGCUACACUCAGUUGGAUUUUUAUGGUUCUUUUGUUGUCUUAUAUACUGGAAUAUAUCUUUUUCCUGAAUAAAUGC